AUGAAGCGCUUUGCACUUACUGCAGCAACGAUUAUACCUAUGCUGGUCAUCGUCGACGCCUCCGUCACCUGUGAUGAGCUUACGAUCUGCGGCGGUGGCAAAACCAGUGCACAGCUGGUUUUGGAUGCUACCUGGACUGCCACCGUGCGGUGCACCAGCUACGGUGGCUGGCUUGUCGAGGCUACUCUGAUCCCGGAUGAAGUCCAGGUACUACUCGCAGGCGAUUUGACUCAAAUCAGUCACCAAAAUGGGGUUGCAGGGUCAACAGAUUUCCCUCUCACCGCUUUCCCUACUCUUCUAUGCUUAAUUGUCGUGUACCCCAAAUUGUCGCCUACUCCCUGUUCAUUCACACGUAUGCGUCCAGCCCGUCAACACAGCGAUGUCGGCUCCUCAAUGUGGCCUCCCUCCUCUGGCGACCAUGACCCUUCCCCGCAGCGGCCUGCAACGGCCAUUCCUCCUUCGUCUACGUGUCGUACGACUCUUCCAUGUCUGCUGCCGCCUUUGUUAGCCCCGAGUCAUCAGCGGAGAGAUUCCUGGCCCCAGCCCCCUGACCCGCCCCAGCGAUGGCGAGGAGCUGAGGAAUCCACGAGGGAUUGGCUGGAAGCCAGGGUCGAGGAGGACAAGAGAAGACAGGCAGAGGAGAAGACGAAUCAGGAGAGUCUACGCCUUGAGCGGAGAAAGGUCGAGACGGACAUGCUGUGCACAUCUCUGCAAGGUGGUGUCCCGCCCGCCAUGACUCCUCUUAUCUUCGUCCGCAUGGGUAGCAGAGGCGCGCGUCCACAGAUGACUGGAGCGCAGCAGUUCACGUCUGUCUUGCAGGCUUAUCAUUUCCAGCUUCUAUCCCCCCAACAUGUUCAUUCGAAAUACCAAAGGGAUAUUCCACAGCCCACCCAAGCAGCAGCUCCGGCGUUGGCAUCACAUCCACAAAUAGAGCAUGUCCAGUCUUCCUAA